AUGAGAGGACGGGGCUUCUGGAAACUAAAUACCUCAUUCCUAAAGGACGAAGAAUAUAUAAAGAAAAUACAAUCAAUUAUAACUCAAACUAAAGAUGAAUAUGCACUGGAUAAUACUGUCGAUCCAAACUUAAUGUGGGAAAUGAUAAAAAUGAAAAUUAUAGAGACAUCAAUUGAGUUUGGCAGAACAAAUAAGAGAAAAAUGUUUCAAAAACAAGAUGAUAUAGAAAAGACAAUCAAAAUCCUGGAGGAGCAGACCGCUAACAUUGAUGCCACUGACUGCCAAAAUGUAUGGUCAGAGUUAGAAAAGAAAAGACGGGAACUUGAAACCAUAAUCGAAUACCAGACAAAAGGGGCUUUUCUAAGAUCUAAAUCGCGAUGGUACAAUGAGGGCGAAAAAAACACUAAAUACUUUCUAAACUUAAAGAAGAGACACUGCAAACAAGGAACAAUUACCCAAUUGAAAGUUAAUGACAAACUGACUUAA